AUGUCCGAUACCAGGCAGCGGCGCUCGCCGCCUCCGACACCCAACCCACUGACACGGUUCGACAGCAUGUCGCCCGUAUCACCAUUCUUCCCCCGGCCCUUCUCUCCGAGCCCGCCUCCCCCUUACGCUGCCAGGCCACCCACACCGAAAGGGAAAUCAUCCGUGCUCGCCCUAACACGAACACGAAGACCAGUGUUCUGCUCCGUAUUCGCUAUCCUGUUCGGCAUCCUCAUCUAUCUGAACAUCGCUUUCUACCGCUCUUCUGGUUUCUCUAUCCAUUUCGCACAAGCGCAACACCUGAAUGAUACCACGGAGAUGCCGGCGGCCCGAAUAUCAAAGAAGCCUAGGAUCGAGCGCUUAAAGGUCCUGCGUGGGGAACCGACUGAGAAAUUCCGAGACAAUCUUCGCGACGAUCUCAACUAUGUACACUCAUGGAUCUCAGCAGGCUGGACAAAUGAUCUCAUGACGUACGCCAAUGUCAUUUACAUCGGCCUCAUCAGCGAGCGGGUGCCCAUCGUGCACUACUUCAACUGGGACGUUCCCGGCACGCCGACGGACGUGCGCACGCUUCCAUUCAGCGAGGUCUUCGAUCUUGAUAGGCUCAGCAACGAGAUUCAACUGCCCGUCGUGGAAUGGGAUGAGGUGAAGGAUCCGAAAAGCAAAGAGGUGGAGGAGCUCGGGUGUUGGAAUGUGUGGGAGGCCGUUCAGUAUCGCGAUCCCAAUCCGCGCUGGCCAUUCAACAAUACCUGGGCGAAGCAGGGCCUAGACAUAUCCUGGACAACUGUUCCCUCCACGGUGAAGAUCAUACCCAACUUCGAGCACGACCAAUGGGCGCGCAUCUGGGACCUUGCGGCGGUGACAUUCAACUACGGACGCUCGCAAGCUCUUGGUCAAGUCAAGGAGUCGAGUCUGUUCCACCAUGCCUCGCCUCCAGAUGAACAAUUGGCGUGCUUCGAUUUCGUUUACUUCGCUGCUGCCGUUCAUUCGGAAGAGUUCUGGUACUCCCUAAGCCCUGUAUGGCGGGAAGUCGGUACACAUAUACACUGGCAACCGGCCAUACAAGAGCUCGGCAACGAGUAUAUGCGACGCAUGUUCAACGUUCCAACUGGCGGCGCAAUCCCACCCUUCAUCUCUAUCCACGCACGCCGCGGUGACUUCUUCGACUACUGCGACCAAGCCGGUCUCGCGCGCGAAACUUGCUACCCGACAAUGGACGAGUACAGAUUCGCCAUCGACCGUCUCCGCACCGCGAUCGAAGAUAAGCUCGGCGUAUCUCCUACGCACGUCGUCAUGCUCUCAGACGAGACCGAUCCAGCAUGGUGGGCGGAAAUCCGUGCGCAGGGGUGGUACGUCCCAGACCACGAGGGUGCGGGGACGCUUGAGAAGUACGGGUGGUGGUACCCGGUCAUCCUGGACGCGGUUAUUCAGUCAAGCGGCGUCGGACUCUUGGGCACCCCGGCUUCGACCUUCUCGUUGAUCGCUGGUCGGAGGGUCAUGGACUGGCAGGGUGGCGUGUAUCAUGAGAUAGCGUGGGCCAACCGUGAAUCAAAACUGGGUGUGCCGGUGCCAUAG